GCCCACUUUCUAGCUUGCUUCAGUCAGAUACGAGAUAGGCGUUGUUAGCGAUAUUCUUGUCACUAUUUGUUUGCCAAUAAUAUUAUCAUCAUUAUGGAAAAGGGGAUGGCAGUUUUCCAAGAUGUGUUCAGAAGAGCUGAUAAAAAUGAUGAUAAUUGCCUCUCUCUUGAUGAGUUCAAAUCCUACUUUGGGGAUGGGAUUCUGACUGCAGAGGAGCUGGAGGAACUCUUCAAUAAAAUAGACACACACAACACCAGUAAUAUCGAUGUAGGGGAGCUCUGUGAAUAUUUCUCAGCCAACCUUGGUCCAUUUAAAGACAUAUUUGGUGGAGUUGAAGACAUGUCUGCAUUUGUUUCUCAAGCACUACAGCAAACAGCACAGGUGUAUCCGGACAAGUCUUUCCAUGAUCAGUUCACAGUGCGUGUCAUUUUGAAGGAGAUCUCAGGCCAGCUAUCUUCUCUCAUGAGGAACGUAGAUGCAGCCUCAGAUCACAUGGAGACAGAAGCUAUGAAAGACAGGGCACCUAUAUCUCAGGUGGCCAUCAUUGAGCCAGUGGUCAAUUCAUCAGCGGGAUGGGUGGCCAGAAGGGCAAGACGUCAGCUAUCCUCCCAGACAAGCAUCCCUGCUGAUGGUGUUCAUUCUUUGACCUCGGAGGUCAAUCGACUGGCUGACCUUGUGACCCGCCUGGAACAGAAGGUCAAGAUUAAUCCUGUUGAUGAAGAAAUCGUAUCUGAUGAAAGCAAGGCUAAUUUGGCAUUCUUAGUGAGUAGGAAGUUUACAGCGAUUGAGGAAAGGGACAAAGCUUUUCGCAGUAACCUCAGGACCUAUGUAGAAGCAGCCGGAAGGGAGGAUGGAUGCACAACUGUGAGUGUGAGAGCCUUUUCUGGAACGUCACAUUACGUUGUAUAUGAGAUCUGGGAGUCAGAGGAAGACUGGAAAAGCCAUUUUGCAAGUGAGUCAUUUAAGAUAUUUCGUCGUGAGAAUGUGGAUCUGUUGGACCGACCAGAGCAGCUCUCGUCAAUGGCCGUUCCAGCAAAAUGGAUCAUGGCACAGGAAUGAAAUCUUAACUAAAGAACCUAUGAAUAAGCAAUUGACCUUUCUAAUUCCUAUUAUGAAAAACUGUAAAUAUUAUGCAGAGCAACAAUCCAG